UCCUCCUACCAGUUAGCCCAGCCCUAAACACACUCUCUCUCACACACACACACACACACACACACACACUCCGAGAAUAUUUGUGCGUCAACACAGGAGGACAGAUGUUCUGAUGCGAGUCCCUGGGCAGAGGACAGGCAGACGAUGGAACUACACAUCCUUCUGAACCAACUUCAUUUUAACUGAGGAAAAUAAAGCAGCUUGAUCAACCAAUCACACGCUCUGAAGGUGAACUGACCAAAACUGACCACACGAGGCAGCCGUGGGCCAGAAACUCCCUGAGAAGUAAUUGGAGCCUAGAGGUCAGAGGUCAUCAUGCAGACUAUAAAGUGUGUCGUUGUGGGCGACGGUGCCGUGGGAAAAACCUGCCUCCUCAUCUCGUACACCACCGGAGCGUUUCCCAAAGAAUACAUCCCUACGGUCUUUGACAACUACAGCAGCCAGGUGACGGUGGACGGACGGAUCAUCAGUCUGAACCUGUGGGACACGGCAGGACAGGAAGAGUACGACCGUCUGAGGACACUGUCGUACCCCCAGACCAACGUCUUCAUCGUCUGCUUCUCCAUCUCCAGCCCCGCCUCCUACGAGAACAUCAAACACAAGUGGCAUCCAGAGGUGUCUCACCACUGUCCCGGCAUUCCCAUCCUCCUGGUGGGCACAAAGAGCGACCUCCGCAACGAUGCCGACACUCAGAAAAAGUUGAAGGAGCAGAACCAGACGCCCAUCAGCCACCAGCAGGGGGCAGCACUGGCUCGGCAGAUCCAGGCAGUGCGUUAUUUGGAGUGUUCGGCUCUGAACCAAGACGGAAUCAAGGACGUGUUUAUCGAAGCCGUGAGGGCGUUUCUAAACCCGCAGCCCGUGGUCAGCAAGAGGCCCUGUGUCCUGCUGUAGCACCGUGACCAUGACAACCACAACAGCGCCACCACCUGGCAGAGGCCGACUCCUGCUGAGGGACUGUUCUGAGAAGCUUUUCAAAUAUUGUUUUUUAGUUUGCAGGAAUUUUUAGUUAUUUUCCACACACACAUGCACACAAACACACACACACAAACAC